AUGUACGCUCCGGAUCAUCAUCGAAGGAAAGAAGUUAAAGAUGCCAUGUACCGUAGCAACUCUAGUCUCGACUUGAUAUAUGCAGAACAUCCCUCGGGAAACGGUCUUCGACGUGAAUAUGGAAGUCACGGCUCUAUUGAUGUGAUAGGUGGAGCUAGUGAACGUUAUAUACCCAGUAUGGUACAUAACUACAGUGGAGUAGCAGGUGGAGAGAAGUCUUCAAGUCUCGCCCGAGUGACAGACCGCUUCUCAGAAAUCUUGACCAGUGAUCAUGCAGAUGGCCCUACUCCCAGGGCGAGUGUUAGCCCCAAACCACGCCUUAAACUGAACAAAUUAUGGGGCGGAAAUACGCCUAUCGCAGCUCGGCAGUCUAACGAUGACUCCUUGUCUAGCAUUUCUGAAGCAAAACGCAAACAAUUUGCUCAUUAUGACUGCCAAUCACUUAUGGCAAAUUUGAGCUAUGCAGCAGAAAUUCGAGGAGCAUUAUUGAGUAGAAGACGUAACACUACUACAGGUGCGUCAGCAGCUUCUCUGUUAGCUACUCGGGGGUUGCCACCAGGUGAAGAUACAAUACCUGAUACAGGUGAUGGACGCUUCAAUGAGAUGAUAGAGAGCUGUCCUUUCUUCAGAAAUGAACUUGGAGGAGAAGAAGAGAGGUGUAUAUCCUUAUGUCAUCGCACUGCUAGAGGUGGUAUUCCCGGUCAGUUUGGUGGGUGGCAUAAACCACGAGCAGCAUAUGGUUUUUCUGUUCUUGAAUUUCCACCUGGUCACACACAUUGGCGCCAAGGCUGCCCAUUUGCUAAAUCCAUAACACCUUUACCAGUUGAAAGCCAAGAUCUAGGAGCAUUGUAUUAUAGAAACUACUUCUAUACACAACCUCAUCAAAAUUGGUUUGGUAUGGAUGAAAAUCUUGGUCCAAUAGCAAUAUCAAUAAAGAAGGAAAGAGUAGAAUUAAGAAGGGGAGGUGGAGAUGCUUCAGCACCUGCUUCUCAACUUGCCUGGCAAUAUAGACUCAUCGUCCGCACUUCCGAAUUGCUUACCUUACGAGGCUCUAUCUUGGAAGAUGCUCUACCCACAGUCAAGCCUAGUAAUAACAGCGCCACUUACAAUACUAAGGAGGUCUUAGAAUACAUUGCGCCCGAGUUGCAAUUAAAUUGCCUGAGACUCGGCAUAACAAAUACAACAACCGAAGAACAACUCUUGCGGCUAGACGAACAACGGGUCACGAGGCAUUAUAAAGUCGGAGUCAUGUAUUGCAAGAGCGGUCAAUCCACAGAGGAGGAGAUGUACAACAACCAAGAAGCCGGCCCAGCAUUUGUGGAGUUCCUCCAAACGUUGGGACAGACUGUCAGAUUAAAGGACUUCGAUAAAUACAAAGCGGGUUUGGACAAUCGAACUGAUUCUACCGGCUUAUACUCAGUGUAUACGACUUAUCAGGGCUGUGAGAUUAUGUUCCACGUAUCCACAAUGCUUCCAUACACUCCGAACAACAGGCAACAGUUGUUGAGAAAACGGCACAUCGGCAACGAUAUAGUAACAAUUGUCUUCCAAGAACCCGGCGCGGCUCCGUUCACACCGCGCAACAUUCGAUCUCAAUUCCAACACGUUUUUGUUAUUGUUCGAGUUAUAGACCCCUGUACGGAGAAUACUCAUUAUAGCAUCGCUGUGAGUCGUGCUAAAGAAGUGCCUUUAUUUGGACCGCCUAUUAAGGAUGGGGCGGUUUACCCGAAGGGGGAAGCAUUUACUGAUCUACUGCUUAGUAAGAUAAUUAACGGUGAGAAUGCAGCAAUUCAAUCGCCAAAGUUCAGUACAAUGGCCACCCGAACGCGACAAGAGUACCUGAAAGAUUUAGCAAAGAACUACGUCACUGCUACGACUGUAGAGACUGGACAGAAGUUUUCUAUAUUCUCAUCAUUGUUAAUGAAGAGCAGCAACUAUUCAAGUAAUAGUAAUGCUAUAAUGCAAAAAGUCGAUGACUGCACCAACGAUGUAUUGGUUGGCGGGGCAUUGUGUUUCCACGUACAUGUACAAGACGAAGGAGCUGGUGGUACAUCAGUCGAAUGUAUUUUGGGCGUUUCCGCAGACACGCUAGUGUUUGUUGAAGACCACUCACGCCAAAUCGUGCUUGUUAUACCUACCAACACUUUACUAGGCUGGGUUGUGAGCGGUGAAUGGACGCGGAUUUAUUAUCAUCGAGGCGAAAGCGUGCGCGUACGCAACGGAUCGGAAGCAUUAUUGCGGCGGCUCGCUAGCGUGGCGCCUCCACAUGCGCACUCUUUAUCUGAGAUCACGCUAGAGCGGGGUGCAGCUUCACAGCUGGGUUUUCACGUGCAACCCGACGGCUUGGUAACAGCCGUAGAAGGUGGAGGACCUGCGGCGCGUGCUGGUGUUCGCAGAGGCGCCAGACUCCUUGAAGUGUGUCGUGCUGCGGUUGUCGCUUUACCUCAUGACAAUCUCGUGGAUCUAUUAAAGACUUCGGAUCCGGUUACCGUGACCCUAACAUUUGCAUCGGGUGCUCGCUGCGAGUGUCAAAAUUAUGCCGGAGAGGCGUGGGCGCAACAGCCCGGACGGCGGCGACUCGCCCACGACCGGUCCGCCUCACCUCUCAGAUCUGACAGUUCAGGGUAUGGAACAGGGGGUUCAGGUCGCAGUGCAGCUUCACCAGGUGGUGAAGCGGUUCGUAGACGCUCCCACGAUGACGCGUCUCCGAGACAUCCUCGCCGACCUCGACUAUCAGCCAACACUUCUUCACUCACGGAAGAGCUAAUGCGUUUAAUGGAUGCUGAGCUGGGAGAAUCAAAGAAUAGCAACACAAGCACUACAGUCACGAGCGUUGCAGACAGGAAUAGCAAUAGUGGCAAUAGGGCGAGUGCGUCAGGGGACGCCCCCUUACCCCUACCGGACGCAUCAGCGUUGGAUUGGGCCGCACUAGUACACACUGCUACUAGAGCCAUGCUACAAAUAUGUGAAGAGCACCAGUAUCCAUCGUUAGAGAACUCGGACCCACCUUUAGAGCCUCCCACCAAUGAUACUAAUCGGGAAUGGAAUGAGAUCACAACGAGUGAACACACAACGCCACUCACAACAACACCACAAAACGCCAACGCGACGGCCAGCGGCGAUGCUAGCGGUUGCGAAUGCGGUCUUGCUGAUCGUGUUGCUGCACUAGAGGCGGACGCGGUAUGCGCCCAGCGACAUCAACAUCAACUGGAAGAGGAGGUACGUCGUUUAAGACGACACAACGCGCGCUUACGUGAGGAAUCGGCUCGUGCUGUAUGGCAGCUACGACACUUCACCCAAUGGCUUAAGCGGACUGUGGACAAGCAGUAA